CGCUGCUGGGCUCGGGGCUGGAUUUUCCCUCCCCGGCGCUCAGGGCAGGGCCUGGGGCGAUGAGCGGCCGCGGCCGCAGGAUGCGGGGAGAGCCGGUUACCCAUUUCUCGGACUCGAGCUCCUGGUGAUCUGGGAAAGCCGAGGCGGGGAGUAAAAGCCUUCGGCGGGGCAGGGGCAUUCCCAUGGCUAGGCAGGGCCGGGGCUCAGGCAGAGGCAGCCUCUGUGCUGCGACGGCUGCCUGUUAGCUUAAGGGAGGGGAAUCGAGAUUGUUUGAUCCGGGGCGGGGGAGGGGACCCCACAUGAUCCAUUUCCCACGUGACGUAUUCCGGGGCUUGGAGAGAAGUGGGUGCCCGCAGCCAGCCCUGCAAACGUCAUCCCUUUCUCCAGCAAAGGAAAGAGGCACACACAAAGACCGUCCGCUCACCCCGAGGCAUUUACACGUCCAGGCAGCAGAGCCGCGAGCAACAUGCAGUGUGGCUUCCACCAUGACUGCUGCCGUCCCAGAGGUGCUUUCCAGUGGGGUGGCUGAGAGGCAAAGGAACAGACGCUUGCCUCUGGGACUGGGAACAGUCCUGCUACCACUUCAGAACGACAGCCACUCUGAAACCUCUAUGUCUCUGGCAAGCCAUGAGAUGACAGACGUAUCCACGGAAUACAGAGCCAAGAGGAACAGUACUGUCUUGCAGUAUGAACUGAGACCAGGGGAAAUAGUAGUAGCCAGCAUGAUUUUUGGAGCAUUAUGGCUGUUCUCUGUCUUUGGAAAUUCCCUUGUUUGCUUAGUGAUCCACCGGAGCAGGAGGACUCAGUCUACCACCAACUACUUUGUGGUCUCCAUGGCUUGUGCCGAUCUCCUCAUUAGCAUGACGAGUGCUCCGUUUGUGCUGCUCCAGUUUACAUCUGGCAGGUGGACACUUGGGAGCGUUAUGUGCAAGCUAGUGAGAUAUUUUCAGUAUCUCACUCCCGGUGUCCAGAUCUACGUGCUGCUGUCUAUCUGCGUAGAUAGGUUCUACACAAUUGUCUAUCCUCUGAGUUUCAAAGUGUCCAGAGAAAAAGCCAAGAAAAUGAUUGCAGCAUCUUGGAUCUUUGAUGCCGCUUUUGUGUCCCCAGCUUUCUUUUUCUAUGGCUCCAGUUGGGACAACCAUUGCAACUUUUUUCUCCCCUCUUCUUGGGAUGGAGCUGUCUACAGCAUCAUCCAUCUUUUGGUGAGUUUUUUGAUUCCAUCCAUUUGCAUCAUCCUCUUUUACCAAAAGGUCAUCAAAUACAUUUGGAGGGUAGGAACUGAUGGCAGAACAGUCAGGCGGACCAUGAACAUAGUCCCAAGGACAAAAGUGAAAACCAUCAAGAUGUUCCUGAUGUUAAAUUUAGUAUUUCUGCUAUCGUGGCUCCCUUUUUACGUGGUGCAGCUGUGGCACCCACAGGAGACAGACUACAGAAAGAGUUCUUUGGUUUUCAUGGCUAUCACUUGGAUAUCCUUUAGUUCGUCAGCCUCUAAGCCCACCCUGUACUCAGUGUAUAAUGCAAACUUCAGAAAAGGGAUGAAAGAAACAUUUUGCAUGUCCUCCAUGAAAUGCUACCGAAGCAAUGCAUACACCAUCACCACCAGUUCAAGGAUAGCCAAAAAAAAUUACGUUGGAAUCUCAGAAAUCCCUGCACCAACCAAAACUGUAACCAAAGACUCAAUCUAUGAUUCAUUUGACAGAGAAGCAAAGGAAAAAAAGCUUGCUUGGCCUAUUAAUUCGAACCCACCAAAUACAUUUGUCUAAUUGAUUUGAAUAAUUAUUAUGCACCACUAGAUCUCUUUUUUGAAAAGACAUAUAUUUACAUAUUUUUGCAUACAAUUUAAAGGGAGACAAAAUAUGCUUUAUUUUAUGAAAUGCAUUGAUUUUCUUGUAUACAGUAUUUUUUUUUAAUUUUCGUUACAUUCUGCUUUUUGGAACAAUUAUCCUAGAACCAUGAACAGUCUUUUCAAAAAUCUCAUACUAUCUACAUGUAAAUAAAAUAAAAACUGCUUUUUACUUCUG